UUUCAUAUAAAUUGAGAGUAAGAGCUUAGGUACUAAUUGAAGUUGAGUGUGUGAGAUGGAGUCCAUAUGGAUAGUGUUUGUUGCAAUUGUUGGUGGUGUUUUGAUCCUUCUGAAGAAUGUGAAUUGGUUGCUGUAUGAAUACAAAUUGGGUUUGAAGAGGUACUCAUUGCCACCAGGUGACAUGGGCUGGCCCUUAAUUGGCAAUAUGUGGUCCUUCCUUAGAGCUUUCAAGUCCAAUCAUCCAGAAUCUUUCAUGGACUCUUUUGUCAAAAGGUUUGGAAAGACAGGAAUAUACAAAGUGUUUAUGUUUGGAAACCCAAGUGUAAUUGUGACAACACCUGAAACAUGCAAAAGAGUUUUAACAGAUGAUGAAAAAUUUGUACCUGGUUGGCCUCAAUCAACAAUUGAGCUUAUUGGAGAAAAAUCAUUCAUUAAAAUGUCUUUUGAAGAACAUAAGCGCCUUCGACGUUUGACAUCGUCUUCGAUCAACGGCUACGAAUCACUCUCAGUUUACUUGAAAUAUAUUGAAGAAAAUGUCAUUACUUCUUUGGAGAAAUGGACUCACAUGGGUGAAAUUGAGUUCUUAACUCAAAUGAGAAAACUUACUUUUAAAAUUAUUUUGCAUAUUUUCCUUAGCUCUGAAAGUGAGCCUGUUAUGGAGGCUUUGGAAAAAGAAUACACUACUCUUAAUAUUGGUGUUAGAGCUAUGAGAAUUAAUUUUCCUGGUUUUGCUUUCCAUAAUGCAUUGAAGGCUAGGAAAAAUCUAGUGGCUAUAUUUCAAUCAAUUGUGGACAAGAGAAGAAGCGAAAGGAAGGAAAAAUUAUCACCUGGCCAAAAAGCCAAAGAUAUGAUGGAUGCUCUUAUAGAUGUUAAAGAUGAAAAUGGAAAAAUAUUGGGUGAUGAUGAAAUCAUUGAUAUCAUGUUGAUGUACUUGAAUGCUGGUCAUGAAUCUUCAGGUCAUAUCACCAUGUGGGCUACCUAUUUUCUUCAAAGGCAUCCUGAAUUUUUCAGAAAGGCUAAGGAAGAACAAGAGGAAAUCAUAAGGAAAAGGCCUCCAACACAAAAAGGGUUGAAACUAGAAGAAGUAAGAAAGAUGGAAUAUCUUUCUAAGGUGAUUGAUGAAACAAUGAGAGUGGUUACAUUCUCACUAAUGGUCUUUCGAGAGGCCACAUCUGAUGUCAAUAUUAAUGGGUACCUCAUUCCAAAAGGAUGGAAAGUGCUAACAUGGUUUAGGUCUGUUCACCUUGAUCCUGAAAUCUAUCCUAAUCCAAAGGAGUUCAAUCCUGAAAGAUGGAAUGAGGUGCACAAAGCUGGAGAAUUUCUUCCAUUUGGAGCAGGAACUAGAUUGUGCCCUGGCAAUGAUCUUGCCAAGCUGGAAAUCUCAGUUUUCCUUCAUCAUUUUCUCUUGAAUUAUAAGCUUGAACAGCUUAACCCAAAAUCUCCUGUGAUGUUCUUACCACAUACAAGGCCAGUGGACAAUUGUAGGGCAAGGAUCAAGAAACAAUCAGCUGCAUGAUCCUAUUAGAGAUUCAUUUGGAGACUUUGCAUCAAAUAAUAAUUAUCAGAAAGAAAAAUAAAAUUAUACAAAAUUAUUGAAGUUUCAUGUAGCGGAUUUUAAUCAUUAUCAUUUGUCAAAAUAAAAUUUAUGAAUCUUUUUUGAUAGAAUGUUGGCCUGUUUUGGUAAAUUUUCAUUUGCUACAACCUCAAUUUUCUACCUCGAACAAAAAUAUGAGUUGCAAAUUUGUGGAGCAUUAUUUGGGUUGUAUUCAUGGUGUGUGAG